AUGAACCUUCUCAGCAUCAUUGCCACGAGCACCUUGUCCGGAUUCACUGUCCAUAACGCCACCUGGACCGUUCAAUAUUGGUAUAACGUUGGCAUACCCCAGGGUGACAACCCUGAGCAGCCGAUCCUCCCGAGGAACUACAUCCAGUGCAAGCUCGCAAUCUACGGGUGCACGAAGAGAAUAACUCCUCCACAAACCUGUCGAGAACUGGCGUUCACUAGUGUAUUACCAGUCCUCAUUGACAUCUCACCGGUAGGUGCGUUGAUCGGGCUCUUUCUCAUUGCCAUGUUCAGCUGGGCCGUGGUCAUCGCCCCCGACACAUCCAUCUACUUGCAAACACCAGUAAAGGAAGGGGGUUACGGAUUUAUGCCGUACCAAAAUGUUUACUGUAGUCUUUCUUACUCCGUCGAAUGUUUCACGGACCACCCCAACGAAGUCGUCGUGGUGGUCAAUCUGUAUCGCCUCGUGUUUGGCAUUGCUGUGACGUUCUUCAUUUUCCCAUGGUCUGACGCGGGGGGGAUCAAUUGGCCAUACGGUAUGAUGGCUUUCUUCACGGCGGGAUCGUUCAUUCCAAUCUCUGUCCUGAUGCUAUGGGGUCCCGAUAUCCGUGCCAGAAGCCUCACUGCAGGGAAGAGUGACGAUGGCGUGAAAGUGUCUAUCAAGGGCCACUCCGAUGUCAUCAAGGCGUGA